GGUGCUGUGCGUCUAGCCCAUACCAAGAGUCCCUUCGCACACACCAAAGACAGUGAGACCACUGGCGACGAGGCACACGACGGCGAUGGCAACGCGAACACUCUGAGUGACUUUGUGAAGUUAGGCCACCACCGCGCCGACAACAGAGACAGUGUACUACCACACACCGUGUGCAUGAUUGUCAUCGGUGCCUUCGGUGCCAAUAUCCUGGCCAGACAG